GAACACAUCAGGAUCGCGGACUCUUCAGGCGGACUGCCUCGCACCCGUGCCCGCCAUGGGGUCUUGAGAGCUGGUGGUGGGGGUCGAAGGGGGGAGGUGGCGAGGGGUCGUGAAGAUGACGAUGCUCCAGACCUCCACGCCUUUCUCCGUCACAGACAUCCUAAAAGCGGGACAGGAGUACCCUUCGGUCCACAUGGUCCACUACCACAGCCCCUCGCCAUCCUCCUGCAUGCUGGCCCGGGACAGCCCCCGGGUUCCCUCGGCCCCGGCGCCGCCAUUCUUGGACCCCGGACGCAUGGUGUUCCUCGGAGCCCCGGUGGAGGACGAGGGCGAGGAGGAAAACGGCACGGUGGACAACGGACCGACGGCAGACGAGUACUCCGGGACGCACCAGGGGGGCCUGCCGGGGCCCAAAGGGGAGGCCCCCAAUAGCAAGGAUCAGCAGGAGAGCAGCAAGCACUGGGAGGCUCCGUCGUCCCGGGCCGACGUCUCCUCGGAGGGCGUCCGGCCGAAGCCGCGCAGCCGCCGCAGGCCCCGCGUGCUGUUCUCGCAGGCUCAGGUGCUGGAGCUUGAGCGUCGCUUCAAGCAACAGCGCUACCUGUCAGCGCCCGAGCGGGAGCACCUGGCUUCGGCCCUCAAGCUCACCUCCAACCAGGUCAAGAUCUGGUUCCAGAACCGCCGCUACAAGUGCAAACGGCAGCGACAAGACAGGACCCUGGAGGCGCUCGGGCCGCACCCCCAAGCCCCGCCGCCGCCGAGGCGUGUGGCCGUGCCGGUGCUCGUACGAGACGGGAAACCGUGCCUCGGCGGCGGAGGCUCGACUCACAGCUACCCGAGCGCCGCCUCGCCGUACGGAUUCGCUGGGGGCUACUCGGCCUACGCGUACGGCGGCCCCGCGUAUCACCAGAGCAACACGGGCUGCGCGUACGGCGGCCUGCCUGGGCCGGGGCCUACCUCGGCAGGCUGCCCCAACGCCUUCGUCAACUUGGGCGGACUGCAGGCACCCUCGGCGCAGCCCCACAACCACCAGGGGGGCAUCCGGGCCUGGUAGUGGAGGGGGGACGGGGGGGGGGUGCGUUUAUUCCUUCAUUUACGGGGUGUGUGACGUCAUACCUUUGGAGAGGUUGCGAGAGGACUGGUGGUGGAUGCAAGUUUUGAAACACUUUUGUUGCUUUUUUUGUUGCUAUGGUUGCAGAGACUUUCACGUGUAUUCUAAUAAAUGAGAAAAAAAAUGGACAAAAUUGCAGUGGGUCAGUAUAUUGUCUUGACUACAUCGUGGAUGCUCAAGUUCGUCCGCAAGAGCCUGUUUUCGAUGUCUCCCUCCUCCAACACACCUGAUUCAAAUGUUCACGUUCGUUAUCAAGCUUCUGCAAAGCUUGAUGAUGAGAUGAUCAUUUGAAUCGGGUGCGUUGGAGGAGGAAAUGUCUAAAACAGGGUGGAUAGGGGCUCUCGAGAACCGGACUUGGAGAUCCCAGACAAUACAAAUGCCGUUUUCGUUAUUUUUGUCAAUUUUGAUUUUUUUUUUU